UUUAAAUGAAUAAAUACGAAGUUAUAGGUAUUGUUAAUGAAGGAGCUUACGGCAUUGUCUACAAGGCUAAAAAUAAGGAGACCAACGAGUAUGUAGCAAUUAAAUAAAUUCAAAGAAACAGAUGAUGAUGAAAUAGUCAGGAAAACAACCCUCAGAGAAGUUAAAGUCCUCAGAAUGAUCAAACAUUCUAACGUAGUUCAGUUACGAGAAGCAUUUAAAAGAAAAGGAAGACUCUUUCUGGUCUUUGAAUACUGUGAUAAUAAUCUCCUAGAAAUUUUAGAAGAAAGGGCUAAUGGAAUUGCCCCAGAAGAUGUUAAAACAUAUAUUUAUCAGCUAUUAAAGUCAAUUGAAUUUUGACACCGCCACGGAGUUAUCCACAGAGAUAUUAAGCCAGAAAAUUUACUCAUUGAUGAUGAGACCAAUGUCCUCAAACUCUGCGACUUUGGGUUUGCCAGAACUCUCCCUAAAAAGAUGAAGCACCCUCUCACCGAUUAUGUUGCCACGAGGUGGUAUCGCUCGCCAGAACUGCUCCUGAACAUGAACUACGGCAAAGAAGUCGACAUGUGGGCCAUUGGGUGCAUCAUGGGUGAAAUUACAGAUGGUGACCCGCUGUUCCCUGGAGAGUCCGAGAUUGACCAACUGUACCUGAUCCAGAAGAUUAUGGGGAUGCUGACACCUGAGCAAGAAGAAGAGUUCAGGAAGAACCCACGGUUCUUGGGACUGGCAUUUCCAGAUGUCAGCAAGCCUGAGACUUUACAGAAGCACUACAUCGGUAAGAUGUCGAAGAAGGCAAUAUCGUUGAUGAAUGGAUUCCUUGAAAUGGAUCCAUCACGAAGAAUUACUGCUAUAGAAGCACUGGCUCAUCCCUACUUUGACGGUGUCCGAGAUGAAGAGACAAGUAACCUCAUAAGGACCUAUCUUAAGAGAUCUCGAGGUAGCAACUCCAGUUCAAGAAUAGAUGGUAGGUCAAAGGCUAUGAAGAGGAAGAGCUCUACAGAGAAGAGGAACUCUAAUUCAAAGAAGCAAAGCUCUCCUUAUAAAAAUACUCCAUCCAUCUAUGGAUCAAAGACUGGACUAAUGAUGAACAAGAAAGGGCUUCCAUAUAAUGAAAAUUUAAAAAUGGGCAAAAUGGAUAUGAUGAAUGAGAUAAAUACAUUUGAAAAAGCAAAUAUGAAUAUUUUUGAAAAGGGGAAUCAAAAGGCACCUGGACAGGAAGAAUAUGAAUAUGAAAUCGAUGCUGACUUUGAACCAGAGAAUAAUAAAAACACCAAUUCUGGGAAAAUCCCAACUACUGAAGAAACCAAGACCAAUAAUGCAUUCAGUAACGUUAUAAUUCAGAGUGAGGAGAGGUCUCCAUCUCUUUCUCCCACAAAUCAAGAAGAGAAGGCAAUGCCAAACAAGCUGUUUAAUCCUUAUAAUCAGCUCUCAGAUGCUCAGAGAAAGAGCCGUAAGACCGGCAAACUUGGGGAAGAGAUGCCCUUCAAUUUCUUCGGAGGUGGCUCCACUGGUGACACAGGAGGUGUCGAUAUUGACCAAAUAAGGAAUUAUAAAGAGGAAAAGAAGAGCUCUUCCAUCUCUAAAAAGACAAAAAAGAAUAAAUAAGAAGAAAGAGUUUCAAAUCUUAAUGCAAAGCAAGAAGCAGAAUAAGAAGCAAUCGUUUGUGAACCAGAAUGAAAUGUCAAUAAUAGAUUUCCAUAAGAACAACGCUAGGCACCAAAAUCAUGAGUAUAACUAUGAUAUCCCAUUUUCUCAAAAGCUGAAAUCUGGCGAUAGUCAAGGGAAGAAAGAAGCUUUUAUUCCACCAAAGGGACAGUUUUAGAUAAAGACAGAGAUAAUAAAGCAAGCAUUACAUGAAAUAUUUUUAACCAAUUUUCCUCAUGGUUCAAUA